CAGUCACCAGUUCUGGCCCUGGUCUACUUUGGCAAGCCAAUUGGCUCCUAUGCUUUCUGGCUUUCCUGGCUCCUGAUACUGGUUUGACUCACUUCUCAGGCUUUGACCCAUGGAUUAUUCAUUGGACUUGGUGACUCAGCAUUGGAUUUCUUCUCUGUCCCAGGCCCUGUUUCUAGACUGUGUUUUGGACUCUGUCCCUGGAUUUCCCUCCAGACCUGCCAACUUGGCUCUCAAACUCUGACCCAGCCCCUCACCCCUGCCUUCUCUCAGUGGCCUAACCAUUAGGUCAGACCACCUAUGACCCAGUCCUUAAUAGGGGGUUGGACUAGAUGACUUCUGGAGGUCCCUUACAGUCCAGCUUUUUAGGAUUUUAAGUCAGAUGUGGUGACUAAAAGAAUCAGUCUUGUGGCCUGUAUAGUACAUAGUGUCUUAACGAUGGGGUUUGGGAGUGACCUGAAAUAUUCUCAUGAUGCUUUGUUGAAAUUGCAAGACUGGGAGCUACAACUACUGGAAGCAGUGAAGAAAUUCAUGGCCAUGCGAGUAAAAAGUGACAAAGAAUAUGCAUCCACUUUACAGAAUCUUUGUAACCAGGUGGAUAAAGAGAGUACUUUCCAGUUGGAUUAUAUUAGCAAUGUGUCCAAGUCUUGGCUGCUUAUGGUUCAGCAGACAGAACAACUCAGCCGAAUCAUGAAGACUCACGCAGAGGACCUUAAUUCUGGGCCAUUACAUAGGCUUACAAUGAUGAUUAAAGAUAAGCAGCAAGUAAAGAAGAGCUAUGUGGGAGUUCACCAGCAAAUUGAGGCAGAGAUGUACAAGGUUACAAAGACAGAAUUGGAAAAAUUAAAAGCUAGUUAUAGACAAUUAAUAAAAGAAGUAAAUUCUGCCAAAGAGAAGUAUAAAGAAGCUGUGGCUAAAGGAAAGGAGACUGAUAAAGCCAAAGACCGUUAUGAUAAAGCCAACAUGAAACUACACACAUUACAUAAUCAAUAUGUACUGGCACUGAAAGGAGCACAGUUAUAUCAGCACCAAUAUUAUGACACUACUCUCCCCCUGCUACUUGAUUCACUACAGAAGAUGCAAGAAGAAAUGAUUAAAGCAUUAAAAGGAAUCCUUGAUGAAUACAGUCAAAUCACCAGUCUUGUAACAGAAGAAAUAGUGAAUGUCCAUAAAGAGAUUCAGACUUCCGUUGAACAGAUUGACCCAAACACAGAGUACAGUGGCUUCAUAGAAACUCAUAGGUCACCAGAGGUUGUAGAACAAGAAAUAGAAUUUGAUACCUCUUUACUGGAAGAAAAUGAAAAUCUUCAAGCCAAUGAGAUUAUGUGGAAUAAUUUAACAGCAGAAAGCUUGCAAGCCAUGCUGAAAACAGUAAUAGAAGAACUGAUUCAGACACAGCAGACACUUCUGAAUAAAGAAGAGCAAGUCUUGGAAUUAGAGAAGAAGUUAGAAGAAUCUUCUAAGACCUGUGAAAAGAAAUCUGACAUUGUGCUUUUGCUGAGCCAGAAGCAAGCACUGGAAGAACUCAAACAAACAGUUCAGCAGUUAAGAUGCACUGAGGCAAAAUUUGCAGCACAGAAAGAGCUCUUGGAACAAAAGGUGCAAGAGAACGAUGGGAAAGAGCCACCUCCCGUAGUAAAUUAUGAAGAGGAUGCCAGAUCGGUCACUUCUAUGGAUAAGAAGGAUAAGGUAUCUAGGUUUGAUACUAUUCGUCACUCCAUAGCUGGGAUUAUAAGAUCUCCAAAAUCCAUGUUGGGCUCUUCUUCGUUCUUCGAUGUAAUAUCAACCAGCGAGAAGCCGUUGGCAGAGCAAGACUGGUAUCAUGGUGCAAUUCCAAGAAUAGAAGCCCAGGAGUUAUUAAAACAGCAAGGAGACUUCUUAGUGCGAGAAAGCCAUGGAAAACCUGGUGAAUAUGUCCUUUCUGUGUUUUCAGAUGGACAACGGAGACACUUUAUCAUACAAUAUGCUGAUAAUCAGUAUAGAUUUGAAGGAACUGGAUUUCCCACUAUUCCUCAACUUAUAGACCAUCAUUACACAACAAAACAAGUCAUUACAAAGAAAUCAGGGGUAGUUCUCCUCAAUCCUGUUGUUAAGGAUAAGAAAUGGGUUCUCAAUCAUGAAGAUGUCACACUGGGAGAAUUGCUUGGCAAAGGUAAUUUUGGUGAAGUGUAUAAGGGAAUGUUAAAAGAUAAAACUCCUAUUGCUGUAAAAACUUGCAAAGAAGAUCUUCCUCAGGAACUGAAAAUAAAAUUUUUAUCAGAAGCCAGAAUACUCAAGCAAUAUGAUCAUCCCAAUAUUGUGAAGCUUAUAGGAGUUUGCACUCAAAGGCAGCCUAUUUAUAUAGUUAUGGAACUUGUUCCAGGAGGUGAUUUCCUUUCCUUUUUAAGAAAGAAGAAAGAUGAGCUAAAAAUCAAACAGUUAGUGAAAUUUUCAUUAGAUGCUGCUUCUGGUAUGGCAUAUCUCGAAUCUAAUAACUGUAUACACAGGGACCUUGCUGCAAGAAACUGCCUGGUAGGUGAAAAUAAUGUCCUGAAAAUCAGUGACUUUGGAAUGUCUCGUCAAGAGGAUGAUGGAGUAUAUUCAUCUUCAGGCUUGAAGCAGAUUCCCAUUAAGUGGACUGCUCCAGAGGCUCUCAACUAUGGGAGAUACACUUCUGAGAGUGAUGUGUGGAGCUUUGGGAUCCUUCUGUGGGAGACCUUCAGUCUAGGAGUGUGUCCAUACCCUGGAAUGACUAAUCAGCAAGCACGAGAACAAGUGGAGAAAGGAUAUCGAAUGUCAGCACCUCAGAAGUGCCCAGAGGAAAUAUAUAAAAUAAUGCAGAGAUGCUGGGACUACAAACCCGAAAACCGACCAAAAUUCAAUGAGAUUCAGAAAGAGCUGUCUGCAAUCAAAAAAAAAGUGACAUAGUGAUUAAGUAGUGCCAAACUCGACUUACAGGACUUUAUUUUCCAGCAAAGUAAUAUUUUUCCCUCAUAAACACUUUGCGUUUCUACCACAUUACUUGCAAUAUUCUUCUGGGUUACUUUUUAAAAUUAACUGUGUUUUAUAUAUAUGUAAUGUGCCAUCUUGGAAAAUGUCUUAAGCCUACGUUAAAGCCGUAGAUGAUUUUGCCAAGCACUAUGUAUCCAGUCACAUUAAUAGUGUCAUGUAGGAUUUGUGUAAAUAGAAAAGCCCAUAUUAUAGAUUUAUGGGACUGUGGCUCCUCUAUUUUACAGUCAUUAACUGCUAGUGACAUUUCUCAAACCUUUUCUACUUCACACUAUAGUCUCAAUCUGCUAUCCCUGUCACAGAUAUCGGCGCCAGUGGCGCUAAAAACUUGGUGGCUGUGCCAUGUGUCUGAAAGCCUUAAAUCUGAAGGCACAGCUUUUUUGUAGUAUUUCAGUUAGGAACUUUAUAUUUGUAAAAUUCUUUCUGCGACUGGUAUUUUCAAAUGAUAUACUGCUUUCAGAGGGAAUAUCUGAAGAUUCUGGAUAUGCACAUAUUCUGUUUAAACAAUGAAAUCCAAAACUGUGUGUAGUAUACUGUUCACAUCAAUUACAAGGGCAUCCUUAGAUUACUGUUACAUUUAGGUUACUGUUGCUUCCAAGUCAUGGGAAAUAUUUUUAACUUUGGACAUUACUUAAUUUUGUCAUGGAAAAAACAGCAGUUUAUCAGGAAUCAAUCUGCACAGAUCACCUUUGCAAUGGGCCAGCUUUUUUCUACAAGGCUAACAACCAGCCUGAGUAAUAUGUAUCUGUCAGGAAAUAUGGCAAAUCUUCUGCCUUCUGAAAUACAGGUAGCAGCAGACAUAGUUGUUUUUGAAUGUGCAUGUGUAGAAAUGCUGUCAGCAAGGAGCAGGUUUGAGAACAACAGUGGCACAUAAUGAUAGUAACCAGUAGCAUUGGUUUUUUUAAAUGAGUAAAGGAAAGUGAACUGCCAGAUUAGCUUUCAGAGGUUUUUUGAUGUGUUUCUGAAAUUUCAAACAACUGAUGUUCCUUUUCUGUAUGCAGGCAGUCAGUAAAAGGAUGUGUAUAAAAAAAAAAAGAGGAAAGUAAGUACAUUCCAUGCAUACUGUCCAAAGAAAAAGGCCACUGCUCAAUAUCAGAAUUUUUUUUUCCCCGAAUGAAACCAAAACAAGGAAAUGUCACCUUUUUUCAGCCUCUGGCAGGCUGAACAAAACAUAGGUAGAAACAGUCUAUAGAACUCUUUCUUUGUUAUGUUGGAAGUGGAAGAUUUUUAUAUUCACACUAUUAAGGACAAAAAAAAUAACAUUCCUAUAACAGCAAAAGACAAAGAAGUCUGUAGGGAAAAGGCACAAAUGGUUUGCUUCUGAAGUUAUAGAUAACAGAGAAUCUUUUUUGAGCCUCUGCAGAAAUGGGCCUAAGCCACUGUGCCCUAAUCUGACAUGCCUAAGAUUUUGAUGUAGGUCCAUCUCUAAUAAUUAAGCAAUUAGCAGAACAAAUGAAACCUCAUUUGGGGCUGUCAUUAGCCCUAUUCCAUUUGUACAGUGGGACUAAGAUGUAGUCUGUGGCUGCAUUAUAUUUUAUUUCUAUUAUGGUGACUUUUCUGUUGGCCAGAGCACAAUUUCUGCUCUUCAGCGUGAAUUUGUGGUAGUACUGAGUGGUAAUUUUGAAGGGGCUUUGUGUGGCUGAAAUAUUUGUAGUCUAGGAGAGUUUCUGUCCAUAUCUAUUGCAUUAAAUUUAGCGUCCAAAUAAAACAGGGUAUCAGCAUGCUAGACAACACUCCCUUCAUUUUAGGUGGAAUUGUUAGCAAUCUAAUUCAGGUAAUGAGGAAUGCUUCCUGCCUUUCUAAAAUGGGUUUGUUCUGGGGGCAAAGGAAAGCAAUGCACAGAGGAAAAAAGAGUAGAUCAAAAAUAAGGAAAUACGAGUGGCACACAUUUAUUGUUAUAAUUUUUUUUUUUUAAUGCAGGGCACAUUUCAUUAGCACUGCAGUCAAACUUGGCCAAAAGGUAUCAUCCUAACUACAAGGAAUAAACAGUCUUUGGACAGUUAGCAUGUUUCUAAAUGUUAUACGAACAGUGUGCCUUAAGUCAUUGGUAUGCUUGUGCAAAUGCAAGUGCAUAAAUAUUAAGAAAAGUGCAACACCCCCCUUUGAGGAGGAAUCCAAGACUCAAAUUUGUGAUUCACGGAACUGCAGGACCCAAUCUAUGCACUCACUCAUGUCUACAAGUAAGGACAAGAAUGUAUUCUCUUUUACAGACAGCAUUUGUAACAUUUCUCCUAAAGGUUAAUAUUCUUUUUCUAUGAAAGAAAAUAUAUUAUUUCUUAAAGAACUCUACCUGUACCCAACCUUUCAGCAAUAGAAUGGCUAUCUUGUCUUAAUUAAAUUAACAAGGCACACAGUUCUGAUCCUUGUGCACAAAUGUAAAGGAUAAAAACUGUAUUCAUAUUUUACUUUUCUAACUGCUAACAAUUUGGAAUUCAUGUUGGACUUCUGCAGAAAUUGAAUAGCCUUUUUUUCACAACUUGGGACACCCGAAACCUGUAUAUUCUUUUCCAAUGCAGACAGUAAUUGGUUCAAAAUGAAUAACCUUUUGGGAAACUUUCAGGAUGAAUUCAUUGGUAUAACUUUUAAUGUAGGCACAUGUAUUUUUCACAAAAGCUUACGUAAAUGGUUUUCUUAUCAAUUCAGUUGUGUUUGUGGCUUAAUUUAUUUGUCCUGUCUGUCAUGUGUAAUUAUUGGAAUGAUGUAUUAUUAGGAAGUGAAAUCCAUGCCAAAUAUAUGCCUGCAAAUUCUGUUUAUACUUUGUCCACUUAUGGUGGUAGAGACUACAAAAACUUACACCAGAAAAAAGAAAACAUGGCAAUUUAAUGUAUGGAAAAGCAGGUGUAGCACUGAAGAACAAGAACCAAAGCUUCAGUUGUCUGCUUUCUGUGUAGUCUUGAUGUUUUUUGGAAAAAAGAGGGUUGGUAUCUCGCCUUUUAAAUGAAUUAACCCAAUACUGAAUUGUUUUACUUUUGUACAUAGUUCUUUCUAUAUUUUGUUACUGCCAAGUUAGGAGUGUCCCCUUUGGAAAUAUAGUAUAAUAAGUUUUCACAUCUGCAUGGUCCCAACUUAAGGGACUCUAGUGGGGUUACUGGCAUUCCCUGGUUAACAAUCCAAAUAUUUCCAGUCUUUCAAAAUUAACACUGCAAACCCAAAAAAAUCAAAUCCUCUAAAAAUACUGUGAGGUGGAAUGGUUUAUCCAGGCGUGACUAAUAUUUUCUUCCUUUUCAAGCACUUAUAAAGGAAAGGUACCAGUAUCACAUUUCAUUCCUAGCCUUUAAAAGUAGAUUUUUUUUUUUAAAAGCCUGUCAAAGGUCAGCAACGCAUGUGAAAUUUAAAUUGUUUACAAUGGCAAUUGAGCAUUUACAAUGAGUCUUAAUGCUUAGUUUUGAAAUGAUCAUCCUGGAUAUUAAGAAGUCCCAAGUGUAUGGAGUUGUUUAGCAAGUGCAGUACUGAAAAAUGGCAUGUUUGAAAACACGAUGGAGACCUCUGCCUUCAGCAGAUGUGCGCUCUUUCUGUACAAACUGCAUUUCACAAUAUUGAUUUUCAGGUUUUUAAAUACAUAAUAAAAAAGCAAAGGCUCCUUUUCAGCAACUGCACUCAUUUAGCAUUUUUGUUUAAAAACCUGAUGUGCAUCUUCCAACCGUUUCACAAAAUCUGCAUCUGUGUUGCUUUAUAUGCUUUAACACCACUUCAUAGGCUGCCUCGGGAAGUACAGCAACAGAACAUUGCUUGGCAAACGGUGCUGUUUAUAAAAUAAACCUCACAUUUGUUUGGACAGAAAAUAGUCAUAAAGAAAUGCUAGAUUACUGUACCUCACUGAUUUUUCCUUCAUUUUUCAGCCUUCUGACUCUCUCUCUGAUAAACUUCUGUGCUUAUUCAUCAGAUACUUCAAAUACAUUAUGGAAACAAAUUACUGUAAAAUUACAAUUGAUGGCAUUUUUUCUAUUGCAGAGCUAUCAAACAUAUUGGUAAAUAGGAGUGUCUGUUCUCAAAAUGAGGUGCAGAGAGAAGCCUUGAUCACAUUUCUAGCAGGAUCCAAGGCUCAGAGGUAUUCGGUCUGUCUGCUGAUUCAUGGGAAGCAUACUCAGGCUGACACUAUAUGACAUUUUAGCCUUCUUUAUUCUGGCCUUUUUUCUGAGAUGUUUCCCACUGGUGCAGUUGGCAGUAAUAGCAAUUGUGGCAGUGUUCACACAGGCUGUCUGCUAACAUUCAUAUACCAUAUUCCCUGGAUGUACUCUGAGCAGGCCUGUCUGACACACUGGUCAAAGCUAGCACUGUCCGUAGGGAAUACGUAGCUGGAAAGCGCUUUAGAAGAAAGGCUGGUGUAAAUAAAGUGUCAGGUAUACCAGCCCUCUGGCUGUUAAGUGGCCACAAUCUUCUGUGACAUGCUGGGCAACUGGUGAGAAUGGAUGGCUGUCACAGGCAGUAACAGCACACAGGGUAAAGCAUCAGGAAAAAAGGAAAUUAUUUUAAUAGAAAGAAGAUUCUUCCUUUUUAGUCAGUCUUAUGCAUUAGUACUGGAACAGUUAUGUAAAUGGAUUUGUCACGUUUUUAUUACUCUUUCGGCUAUUUUAAAGGCAAGCGGUUCAUGCUUAAAGAGGUCGGAGUCAUUACAAUUUCAUAAAGCACAGGAGGCCUCUUUUAUUAAACAGGUUUAACCCGUUUUGUGAUUACAGUACACAGUCUGAGAGCUACACUGUGGCGUAAGCCACGGCUGGCAGAGGGGCAGUUCUGUGGGGAAGAUUCCUUGGAAGCAGUCCUGUUGAUUUAGCCAGGAUGUCUUUAAGAAAAUGUAUAGCAAUCUAGGAUGCAGCGUGUGCUGUCCCCUUGUCGCAUGCAGCCACCUAGCAGAGCCCCUUCCCUUUGCAUACUCAUGCAGUCCUUGCAUACCUUACAGAUGAGGGAGUGAGGAAGGAUCCUUCAGGUCUGCAGUAUUAAAGUCCUUUACCUAAGUUCAAGGUCUGUACAAGGAAAAAUCCCAGAGUUUCCAUUACAAGGAGACCUUUGCAGAUCUCUACUCUAGAAAAAGAGCUCUUAAAGUAUAAUGGCAUCAUGCGACUCCUAGCUCAACUAUGGCUUGAAUGGGAUUGAUAAUCUUUUGGCUCUAGACCUCCCCAGCCAUUUGUACUGAGAGAGAAGGAUUAGAGACACUGGUGACUAAGCCUCUGGUUGCCUAAUAAAGGUUUGAUGACCUUUUUUCUCAUUGCUUUGUCUUGUCAGUUUAAGCUAUAUGAACCUAAUAAAUAUAGGUAUAAACAUUUCUGCUAACUAUUCCUAGUUUUCCACUGGAUAGGUCAAAAAUGAUCAUUUCAAUAAAGUCUUUUAUUAUUUGCAUAACUCAGAAGUCACAUGUUAAGGAUUUUGAGCUAGGAGAUUGAAUUUCCCAGCAAGCAGGAAGAAUAAAAAGAAAAGUCCCUCUACCUGCUAGUCUUCUGAAGCCCUUUUUCUACCAUUGAAAUAGUGCAGAUAUCUUUUUUUGGAAGUGCAAGACAUGUAGUCUCCAGCCGAAUGCUCUCUCUUUAGUACAAUGAAGUAGUGCAAUAUUAAAGAAAAUCAUUUUCUUCCUUGAUUUGAAAGAGAGAAAAGCAGGACAGUUUUUCUUUUUUAAAUGACAAGACAGCACAGCAUACUAAUCUCUACCUUGAAACCCAAAACCAGAUUUAAAUGCUAGGUUCAAUAAUUGUGUUGAUUGUGUUUAUCACCCUGUGGGGCAUUUCAUGAUUGGCCUUUUGGGAACUACAACGUUAAUCCAAUGCGUUAAGCAUCAACUGAAACAGACCUAUCACUUUUAACCCUCCAAAUAGUGUGGCACUCUGAAGUACCCUGUUUUUGUCUUUGAUUUUAGGUUUUGCCAGUGUUUCAUUCAUAAAGAGCUGCCUCUUCUGCUUUGUUUUUGCUUUUAGCCCUAACAGCUACUGUGGUCCAAUUCCCCCUCCAUCUCAGUUCUGAACUCCUUUCCCUGUGUGGUCUCUAAUCUCCUGGUUUUUAAAAGCCUAGGACAUAGCCUGCCCAGGUUGAAGCUAGACACGUGGUAUUUUCUUCUCCUGGUUUCUCACCUUGUGGUCUCAAAGAAGCAGAAAAAUCAGCAGAAGGUCACACUGCAGAUCCCUCUGCUCACAUGCCGUUACAGUCCUCUCACUCCCCUUCAUGCUGGCAGCAUGUUUGUGCAGGGGAUGGCUCAGAAACAGCUUGUAAGCAUGACAACAAGAGUGCUGUAUGCAGUAGCAACACUUCUUUUGAAAAGAGAAAAAGAGGACGAUAAAGAUUAAAAAAACAAACAGGAAUUGCACAAAAAUAGUUGUCUGUCCUGGCAUCUAAUCAACUUAGGUGCUGAAAACAUGUGGGGGAAGGAAGAUGGAUAGUGGAGGAAAAAAACCCAAAAAUGUGGGUAUGGUUUUUUCCCCAGUGUGUGCCCUGCUACUGAAAAGUCCCCAUCCCAACCCACCCCUGCCCCAUUGGCUAUACCAUGUGGACAGAACUUGUGGUCGCUCAUGGUAGCAUGGUCUCACAGUGCUUCUGGGACUCAGAGAGGUGCAUAAUUACCAGCCUGUCUGGGGCAGCAGAAUCCCUCGAGUUAGCUUUGCUCUCCUUUCUCUGCACAUGAUGAACCUCUCACCAGUCUAAGAGAUCUCUCUCAAGGGCCGAUGUGAUUUCAGAUCAUCAGUGCACUUUAGCAGAAAGUUCACAUUCUUUAAAUUUUCAUGAUAAGAGUCUACAAUUCUGUUUAAAUUCCACUUAUCUUUGCUCCCUUUAGUCUCACAGAAACUGCCAGAUCCAUUACUUCCAGAAUCCCAUUGAGCUCCUUUGCUAAAUUGUUCCAGAUUCUGUAAAAUAUUAAGUAUUGCUCAGUAGGUAGAUGUGCUUUUUCCGCGACGUGAAGAAACAAGUCUUGGCUAGAAGAUGCUUGAGAUCACAGGACGUAGUCUUUAACUACUAUAGGAGCUGGGAGAGCAAAUGAAGGCUCAAGAUUUCAUCUGUAACUGUUGUCUAAUUCAAGGUAGUCUGUUCUUUAAUUCCCUGAGGAGCUCUGAUACUACAAAAAUCAACUUUGAUUACGUUCUGUUCAACCAAUUGUUUAAAAAGGAACAAACACAAUCGUUAUAUGUAUAUUAAGUUCACUUGUCAUUUGAGAUUAUGAGCAUUUGGGGACAACUCAGUAUUUCAAAUUGUGUAUUAAGGGGAAAUUCCAUUUACAGGUAAAUGCAGCAGUUGUCGUCUUGGUAACAUCCUGUUGUCCUUCUGUGUAUUGUGAUCCCAUUGAAAUACUCUGGAAGGAAUUGUGUGUAGAGACAGAGACUGGAGAAUUGCCUCUCCAGUUUUGACUUCUUUCACUUCUUUUUCUGGAGAUUUCUUAUUAUUGGCCAUGUUUUGAAGGCUGUUCUUCAAAUGUAGUAUCACAUCACUAAGGCAGAGCCUUUGGAACUUUCUAAUAAAGGGAGCACUUUUGUUAGUGGUUUUAAAAGAGUUUUGCAAAUGGAACUGGAGAACUAAUUCAGAAUGCUGGCUAGGCAGCAGAGAGGGGAUGCAGGCAGUUGCUUUGAAGCUUUUGCUCACUGUCAGAGUAUUUCACUUUUGAUUUGCAGAUCUCUUGCUACCCCUGUGUUUUUCUCUCUUGAUCAGCGAGUGUCUAUCAUGCUAAAAUAUGCAACAAUUUAGUAAUAUGAAUAAAAAGACUGGUAGGAAGCAGGCUAAAACCAGUACACUGAUCAGGUGGAAAAAACUUGUGGCUCAGAUCAUCGUUUUACAUACUCCUCCCCUCCACCCCCCCAAACUAUGUGCCACAUUGCACCUGUAAAAGCAAACAGUUUGCAAACCAUUUCAAAUCAUAAGCUCAAUUGGACAGCUUUACAUACAGCUGAGCUCAGGAGAUGAGUUCCCAUUCUGAAAAUGCCUGCAGGAGGGCAUCAGGCACAUUAAGCUCACCUGGCUUCAUGAAACAUGAACUGCUGCUGGCAUGUGGUGCUUGGAGCAAUAUUUUUAAAUGACUGCCAUUGUGCUGUUUACAGCUCUGAUACAAUUUUAGAAGUGGCUGUAAAAUAUACAGGCUGUCCCAUUUUACUGAACUUGAGCCAUGCAAGAAGAGACAGAAAAGCACGCUUCCACAUUAAAAACCACCAGCAGUUCAAGCCAAGGAGGCUUGUGAAAAGGAAAAAAAGAUGAUGGACAAGAAAGAGAGAAAAAGAUCGCUGUUGGAUUAUUACUAUAUACAGAGCGGGAUUCUCCAUAGCACAGGAAGAGAGCCAUCUUAGAACAGCCAGCUCAGACAUGUCAGCUCAGUCUUGCUCAAAUUGUCAAGACAAAGGGAAGGAGGAACCAUUUUACCUGUAUGCAUGCAGAUAAAUGCAGAAGCAGAACAAAACUCAAGAUUAGGGAUAUAUAAACUACAUGCUUGGGACAUCAAAAAAAAAAAAAAGAUUUGGGGCAAAUUCUGUUCUUAUGUUAAUGUAGUGCAGCCCCAUGGCCAACAGCAGGGUGGACCACUAUAACAUGCCAACAGAAUUUGUUUGUAAGAUUUCCAGAAGUAACUUCGGCCCCUUCCACCUUCUUCAGAACCUCUCUCCACAAUCCUCGUAUGCUUCUUGGAGAACUGUUCCUCAAAAACAAAGGCUGAGUUCAUCUUUGGUUUCAUUUGGCCCAAAAUAUUCAGAAGUCCCAAAGAUAACACUGCAAGUAUAAAUCACAUCCUCAAAGAGACUAGACAGUCCAACUGAACACAUAGUCCAGGCUCUGUGAUUACUAUAUGAUCUGACUAAAGGCUUCAAGAUAACUGGCUUUAAUGUGGAAAAGGUGUCCUAGGUAGAUGAAAUAUGCCUGUCCAAGUUUGUCAUUACAACAUAGAUCAGUCUAUUCUUUAUCCUUAGGGACCAGUGUGUAACUACCAGCGCCUGCCCGCCCAGGGAAUCACUUCGCUUCAGUCGCAGCCGACAGACCAAUUCCAGCUGAUUAACUUUCAAAUUUUUCUAUUGAACCUCAGUGAGAAAACCUGCUCUUUAGUUAAUGCUUCUCAGAACUCUCCAAAACAUCCUAAUAUUCCUGAAUCAUUGUUUUCCUCCACUUUAUUUUAAGAGGCCAGGUUUCCUUACAUCACACAGCAUAACCUUUCACUUUUCCAACACUAUAGUUUUCUUCUCAUAUUCCAAGGCUUGCAAGCUUAGAUGUGUGGCAUUUUAGUCCAUCCUUCGCUAACUGACUGAUUUUUUUUUUUUGAACACUUGGAACAAGGCUUUAUAGAUUUACCUCAGCAGGUGGACCAAAUACCAGCAGGCAAAUACUGAUCUGUAACAGUUUUGAUUAAAAGCAUUACAUAGCAUUUGAUUAAGUGGAAUUAAAUCUAAUUAACAAGAUUUUAUUUCAAGUACGUCACUGUUUCUUGCACCCAAAUUUGCAUUAACGGGUAAGUGGGAUUUUCUUGACAGUCACUGAUAUUAUUAAUUUGAGUAACCUUUGAUGCUUCUUUGUUGGGUAAAACAGCACCCUUGCUCCUCUGGAAUGCUAGAGAAGCCAAAUCAAGGUCCUGUGCGACAUUCGGACGUGGGGAGCUCAGGAUGUCUCAGCGUUUCUGGUGGGAUCCCUCUAUUGAAUUCCCUGCAUCCACUAGGGAUGUGCAUACCACCCACUACAGAACCUGGACAGGGCCCUAUUCCAUGCCCGCUUACAGCGCUAGACCACUGCAUGUGCUCAGGGGUAUUAGUGACAGCAUUUUGCCUGCAUCUUAUACAGAUACACAAGGAAUGAGAUGCAGAAGGCCCCUUCCCUUUACCUUGGACUCUGCUGUGCCACAGUCUCCAGUGGUUCCUCCAGAGAAACACCAACUAGAGAAAAUACCUUCAAUGGGAAUUUGUUCUGUAUGAUAUUAGCUGUAAUAAUGGCUAAAUAACCCAUAUCCUCCAGUGCGUUCCCCACACAAUAAUGGACUUCAGCUAGGAAGAUGGCUUAGGAGUAAAGAAAUCUAAUAGAGGAGGACUCGGGGGUUUCUGCUUCGACAUUGUGUUGUCACAAAGGCAUAACCCAGAAAGUAAGAGAGUCUGAAAAGAAGCAGCCUGAUUCUUAUUUAUUCUAAAAACAUCUAGGAAAGCCACAACACAUAUUAUGUCUUUUAGUUAGUGAGUCACCAUCCCUGCUAAUAAAGCAAUUGCACAGAAAAGUCUAGAAGAGGCAUCUAAAAAAGAUGCAUCAACUGACAGUUGUUGGGAGCACUAUUUUUCCAAUUAUGUUUGCUAAUUUUUCUUCUGUAUACCUGAGUGAGGAGCUGGGGGUGAGGGAAGGAUGGGACAUGGAAAGGAAGAUUCACUGACAUACAGUAUAUGGCAGUAUGCUAGACUUUUGACACCUGUAGCCUUGAGUAGGGUACUGAUGUAAUUUUCAACCAUUAAAUGUAUUUAGAACUUUUUUUGUUUAGUGCCAAAGUAUGUACCAGCAAGUUUAAUAUCAGGUUAAGCACUUUCUAUGCUCUUUGUUCUUUAAAAAUAAUAUAUUUGUAAAAUAGAUAAUGCAUAACACUGGAAAUGGGUGCUUCUUCCCAAAAGUGCAUGUGUUAAGAAACAAAAAUGGGGGGGAAGCCUUUUGUAGGUAUUUCUGGCUGUUUAACGAGUCUGAAAAUGGCAGAUCCAUAACACAGUUUAAUUGUCUAUCCUUUAUAAUUUUAUUAUUAUAGGUCUGCAUUUUAACUCUUAUUUAUUUGCCCAUUUUAAUAUACAUGAAAAUAACACCUUUGGACUUAAGCUAACAUUGUUUUUUAAUUUUUUUUCUAUUACAAAAUGGGAGUUGACUGCUCUUGUAAACUGCAGGCUGGUUUUUAAUAGUCUCCUGUCUUUUCUGAUGGACCAAUUACCACUAAUGAGUCUGCAGUUCUCUUUUUUACUGUAUUCUUCCAAUAAAUGUAGAAUAUUUGUA